AUGCAUUUAAUUCUUCUAUCUUUAGUCUCCCUUUCCACUGGAUUGGCCCGUGCACAAACAGGAGUCACAGAACCCAUCUCAGAAGAGUGCGGUCCCUCCGUGGUGUGUGUCAAUCAUUAUGGCAACGUCCUACCCUAUCAUUUCUUCCGCAAUGUAACCACAAUGGACGCGGUUACUACUUUCGGUGACACAACUGUAGCCAACGGUACCAAAUUGAACGACAUCAAGUCGGCUGAUUUUGUUGUAUACAACAAAGAAAAAGGCCUCGCGGCUUUGGGCUCCAACCCUAGCUACGAGUACAUCUUUGCGGUCAACGAGGCUGUGCAUGAGGCACCUGUCUACGUAGCGUCACAAAACAAGCUGUAUUUGUCGCAGCUGGCUCCUCCUACCGGCUACCUGCCGCAGCUUGUGGUCGACCUGAACCAGGACCCUCCGACGCUAUCUGAGUUCCUUUCUGAUCCACCAGUCUAUGCUCCCAAUGGUGGCACUUUCCACAACGGUAAGAUCAUCUGGGGCGCUUCGGGGGGCAACAAUUCCAUCGGAGGGUCCGAGCAGCGUGUGGGAUUGAGGACCCUGGACCCAGAGACCAACAAGACAGUCAGCCUGGUGAACAACUACUUUGGAUACUACUUUAAUACGGUCGACGAUGUUGCCGUUCAUCCCAAGACCGGAGAUAUCUGGUUCACGGAUCCUCAAUACUCUUGGUUCAACGAUCUCACCGACACACCGCCCCAGCUGCCAGCUGCCAGCUACCGGUAUAACACGUCAUCCGGCGCGGUCGUCGUAGUCGAUGACAGCCUAGGCCAGCCCAACGGGGUCGCCUUCACUCCCGAUGGCUCCAUCGUCUACAUCAGCGACACAGCUGCUAUCAGCGCCCCAAUUGACCCGAAAUACGGCCAUCCAGGCAGUACAUUCAACACGACUCAUCGCAGGACCAUCUAUGCCUUUGAUGUUAGUCAAGAUGGCGCCCACGCCUACAACAAACGGCCUGUCUACAUGGCACCAGGUUUCGUCCCCGAUGGUCUGAAGGUUGCAGCGAAUGGCUACAUCGUCACCGGCUGUGGCUACGGAGUUGACGUCAUAGAUCCCUCUGGGGAGUUGCUUUUCACUAUCCAGACGAACUACACGGUGCAGAACUUUGCCUGGACGGGUCCGGAGCUGAAGACGCUGUGGUUGAUGGGGAAUGGGGGCAUCAGUAAGGUCGAGUGGGAGCUAGCGGGCCAGGAGUUGAAAUAG